AUCUCAUUAAAUAAUUUGAACAUAGAGUGAGCUUUUGUCCUGUUAAAGCAAACACACUGCUAAAACCCUAAACCCCCUUCCGUGGGAGAAAGAAGAGGAGAUGGCCAUUGAAAGUAACCUAAAACAAGAAGACGGAAUCCACAGAUUCUACAAAAUAGUUCUUGGCUGGGAUUAUAUUCGUCUCCUCAAUGAAUCCUCCUCAUCUUCUAAGAAAGGCAAAAAUAGUGAAGAGAAUUUAGGGUUGAAAGAAGUAAAGAAUACUUAUAAAGAUGAUAAAGAUUACAUCGAUACGUUUGAGCCGCUUUUGUUUGAAGAAGUUAAAGCCCAAAUUGUUCAAGGCAAAAACGAGGAGGACGAAGAAGAAACGGAGUGGAAGCUGGGUAUAGUAAUUGACUGUACUGAAACCGAUGGGUUUCAUUUACUAGAAGUUUUUGGUGAAGACUGGGGAUCAUUAUCUCAAAACGACUUAUUACUGUUAUCGAACAAGAAGUUUGGUGAUGGUGAAAAAAUUCCCACUGCAUAUGCGUUUGCAUUGGUUGAAGAUCGUCGACCAGAUAGGAUUCGACUCAGAAUGCAGUUAGAUAGAGAAAUAAAGCGAGUAGAUAUAGAUGAGGUCAGUCCUUCUAAAAGGAAUAAUAGGCUGUCGCGGAUGCGUUCUCUUAUUGUGGAACUUAAAAAGUCGUGGAGCAUAAUGAAGAUUUCUAGUCUAUCAACCAUAGUUCGUGAAUAUGUUGCCAUGCUAUCAAUUAGCAACCUGCCAUGCAAGGAUGUGAUUUUAGGAGCCACUGACGAUAGCAUUAACAAUUCUGAAGAUCAGGCCUGGAAAAUUUCUAAGCCUCUUAUGGAGUACAUUCAAACAAAUCACAACUCAACACAGCUGGAAGCCAUACGUGCGGGUCUCUCACGUAGAAAGUUUGUUCUGAUUCAGGGUCCGCCAGGAACAGGUAAAACACAGACAAUACUUGGGCUUCUUAGUGCCAUACUUCAUGCAACUCCAGCUCGCAUGCAUACCAAGGGUAAAGUAACUGAAAUCAAACGUGGGCCAGAACAACACGUUCAAGACAGAUACAAGCACUGGGCAAAUGCUUCUCCAUGGUUAACUGGCAUUAAUCCUAGAGAUGCAAAGAUGCCUAAAGAUGGUGAUGAUGGGUUUUUCCCCACUACUGGCAACGACCUGAAACCAGAAGUUGUCAAUGCCAGCCGGAAAUACCGUGUUCGUGUUUUGGUGUGUGCUCCUUCAAACUCUGCACUUGAUGAGAUUGUGCUGCGGCUCUUGAGCACUGGCAUUCGUGAUGAAAACGACCGCGCAUACACUCCUAAAAUUGUCCGGAUUGGUCUAAAGGCACAUCAUUCUGUCCAGGCUGUAUCUAUGGAUUACUUAGUGGAACAAAAACUUUCAGGCAUGGAUUUCCAGACUGCCGACAAACAGAAACAAGGUGGUGGGGCAAGGAACAGAGACACAAUCCGUGCUUCAAUCAUGGAUGAGUCAGCAAUCGUCUUUUCGACUCUUAGUUUCAGUGGCACAAGUCUUUUCACUAAGCUUAAUCGCACUUUCGACAUUGUUGUGAUAGAUGAAGCUGCUCAAGCGGUGGAACCGGCAACACUAGUCCCCUUGGCCAGUGGAUGCAAACAAGUAUUCUUGGUUGGUGAUCCAGUUCAGUUGCCUGCAACUGUUAUUUCCGAAGUUGCUCAGAAGUUUGGUUACAGCAUGAGCUUGUUUAAAAGGUUUCAAAAGGCCGGGUAUCCAGUGCAGAUGCUGAAGACACAAUAUAGAAUGCAUCCUGAGAUAAGAAGUUUCCCAUCAAGUGAAUUUUAUAAUGGAGAGUUGGAAGAUGGAAUGGAUGUUAAAGACAAGACAAAGCGCUUAUGGCAUAAAUACCGUUGUUUUGGACCCUUUUGCUUUUUCGAUAUACACGAAGGGAAAGAAACUCAGCCUUCAGGGAGUGGAUCAUGGCAAAAUGUUGACGAGGUUGACUUUGUUUUGCUAAUGUAUCAUAAAUUGGUCAGUCACUAUCCAGAGCUUAAGUCAAGUUCACGACUUGCGAUUAUAUCCCCUUACAGACAACAAGUGAAGCUCUUUCGUAGUAAAUUUAAGGAAACAUUUGGUAUAGAUUCAGAGAAAGUUGUAGAUAUUAAUACAGUGGAUGGCUUCCAGGGUCGAGAAAAAGAUGUUGCAAUCUUUUCUUGUGUUAGGGCAAGCAAAGAGAAAGGCAUUGGUUUUGUGGCUGAUUUUCGGCGAAUGAAUGUUGGUAUAACCAGAGCAAGAGCUUCUGUCCUGGUGGUUGGCUCAGCUGAAGCCCUGAGACAAGACGAGCACUGGAAAAACCUGAUUACAAGUGCAGAGGAGAGAAAUUUUCUGUUCAAGGUUUCUAAGCCUUACACUGAAUACUUCAACGAUGAUAAUCUCGCAUCCAUGGCAGUAGAGGAGCCGGUAUCAGAAACAUUAGGCCCAGAUGACAUGGAUAUGGAGGCACUAGGUUAUGAUCUUGGUAUGGAAGCUGAUCAACGUCUACCUGAUGAUGAUUAUGGAGACGAUGAUGCAGGAGCAGAUGAUAUGGGCAUUGACGAAUAGUAUCUAUAAGACUAUAACUAUUUCUAUCCUUACAAGUUUCAAUACUAUCAAGUUAACAGUUACAUAAAUAGUGCUAGAAAGAGUAGUCGUUUUUUUCCAUAUAAAUCUGGAAACCGAAAGGUUCUAGUAUAUGGGUACUACUAUCAUUGUAAACGGCAUAUACUACUAAUCCUACAUUAUGGUCA